AUGGGCAUGGACGGCCACCUCACCUUUCUCGUCCUCCUCCUCACCUUUCAUUGCCCAGGGUCUUUUGCCGCAGGCCCCGACCUGAGCCUGGUCCAUGGGCGCCUGCCCUUGCCAGCCCUGCUCGGCCUGCCACACACUGUCACCGUGAGCGAAGACACCGCACCGGGCACCGCCGUGGCCGAGGUGACCCUGCUCUGCAGCAACGGCAGCAGCAACCCCCGGGUCAUGCUGGUCCGUGUCGAGCCCAGGAGUCCUUCAGAUCCCAAUGCCACCCUGCUUGGUCCCUUCAACCCCGUCGCCGUCAGCAGCAAUGGCUCGCUCGCCUACACGUUUCAGGCUGAGAUCACGCUGAGCGCGGGCGCAGCACUUGAUGUGCGCUGGGUGAACCAGUACACGCUGACUCUGCGGGCUGCCUGCCACGGCGAGGAGGAGGCUGAAGGGCAGCUCUUCGUCAGGGUGACGCCGGUGCAGACGCUCCGCUGUGCUGCCAGCUUUGCCAGCACAGAAGGAGACACGGUGCAGGUCCUGGCAGACGUGGCGCCCCAGACACUCCUAUACACUGUGGUGCCAUUCCAGACGGCCAGAGAGCUGACAUUCUACCUCAAAAACAAUGACACUCCGCUUGUCCUCUCUGAACGGGGCACGGUGCUGGCACCUGCCAGCGGCUUUGAUCCCAGGCCCAGCACCCAGGUGUUCAGGCUGGAGAUCGUGGUGAUGGAUCGGCACGGGCACAACUGCAGCGGGGCCGUGACGGUGGAAGUGCUGCCAUCGCGCCGUCCCCAGAUCAACUUCACAGAGUCGUGGCGGGAUGUGGCGGUGCCGGAGGGCAUAGGCCCCUUGGAGCUGGUGACACAGGUCCACGCCAGUGGUGACAAGGUCCGCUAUGUCCUUCUUAAUCCAGCGGCACCAGCGCUCUUCACUGUUGACGCGGUGAGCGGUGAGAUCCGCAGCACCCGUCGGCUGGACCUGGAGCGCUUCCCGCAGGCGGCCCACACGCAGCUGCUCGUCCAGGCCUACGAGGCGCGGGCGCCCAUCGCCCCUGCCCCGAUGCACCUCAACAUCACCCUUGACCGCCUGCUGCCGCUGCGGUGCGCAGGGCCCACCGGGCCUGAUGGCGCGCUGCACUACGCGGUUGAGGGUGCCGCCGCCUCGCACUCCCUAUUCCGCAUGGAGGGGCCGCAGCUGCAGGUCAACACCACCCUGGACUACGACUCCGAGCUUGCAGCUGCUGUGGGUUUCCAGUUCGCUGUCACCAUUGUGGUGACAGCGGGAGGCCAGCCCCCGCGGAGCACCCGCGUGCCCGUGCUUGUGACGGUGACACCUGUGAAUGAAUACGCACCGCAGUGCCCCAACAGCACGGCCUUCACUGUGCCGGAGACUGCAGCCUUUGGCACGGUCGUGGGGAGCAUCACUGGCACUGACCGUGACUACCCGCUGCACAGCAUCGAGUACAGCCUCGAGGAGCGCGUGGGCUCUGCCCAGCCCUUCUCCGUCGACACACGCAUGGGUGAGCGUGGGCCCCCUCCUGAAGCCCAGCUGGGCUCGAGCGCGCCCAUGGGUGCCCAGCAGCUUGGCACCACCCUGGCAGGCAAGAUCUACGUGGUGGGAACCCUGGACUACGAGCGGCAGAAGAGCUACAGGCUCGUGGUGAGGCUCACGGACACCCACAACGACGCGGACCCAGCGAAGCGGCGCAGCUGCCUGUGCAACGUGGCCGUGCACGUGCAGGCCGUGCUCGGCGAGGCGCCUGUGUGCACGCCGGAGGUGCAGGAGCUGCGGGUCACAUCCAAGGCGGCACAGCCUGUCACACGCCUUGCGUGCCAGGGCAGCAGCGAGGGUGCCCCGCUGUCCUACGCCAUCAUCAGGGGUGAGGAGCUGCAGCAGCGAGGCGGAGCUUCUUGUCCAGGCAACGAGGACAGGCACUUCCGCGUGGAGGGGAACACCCUGCUCCAUGUCCCCAAUGGCCUGGACCAGCCCCGCACCUUUGUGCUGCUGGUGGAGGUGUGGGGUGGCCCCGGUGUCCCGCGCCGCAGCACCACAGUGAUGCUGGUGGUGCACGUCACCCCCCAGCCCACCACGGUGCCACCCUGGAGCACCGCCUGGCGCUCGACACCGCGGAAGGAGCCAGUGAUCAUCACGCGGACGGAGGCAACGUGGAGCCCGCCAGCCUGGUUCGUGGUGGCUCUGACUGCCUCGGGCGCCCUGCUUCUGGCCGCCCUGGGCUGCGCGGCCCAUGCCCUGCUGCUCAGUGCCCGAGGCCGCAGCAAGCUGCUCAGAGGCACUAG